CAGGAGCGAGAGGCCCCUGGAGUCACCGGCACUGGGAGCAACAGCAGAAUAUACGGUGAAAAUGACAACCCUCCUUCUGCUCGGUGUGUCUUUGCCCAUAAUCUUGGCAACAACGAUACUUAAAGACCCUAAUGAUAUAGUUGGCUCAUUGCAUGUCAGCAUCCCUGCUGAGGUGCCUCUCCGCCCACUGCUGGGAGGAAAGGUAGCUGUGCCAUGCUACUUCCGAGGAAGCACUGUGAAUGACCCAGGAGCACCCACCGUCGCGCCGCUAGCUCACAGAAUCAAGUGGACCUACAUCACCAAGGAGAAAGUUAUUCCAAUCCUGGUAGCGUCGGAGGGGAAGGUUUAUGUGGAGACAGAGUAUCUGGACAGGGUGACGUUGGUCGGCUACCCGCGGGUUCCUACUGAUGCUACCAUUGAGAUAACGGAACUGAGGUCCAAAGACUCUGGUACCUAUCGAUGCAAAGUGACCCAUGGUGUUGAGGACAGCUCUGACAUUGUAGACCUCCAGGUUCAAGGUGUUGUAUUCCACUAUCGUGCCAUCUCCACCCGCUACACCCUAACAUUUGAAAAAGCCAAAGAGGCCUGUGUUCAGAACAGUGCCACCAUUGCAACUCCCGCACAACUCCAAGCCGCUUACGAUGACGGAUACCACCAGUGUGAUGCCGGGUGGCUCUCAGAUCAAACUGUGAGGUACCCUAUUCAUGAGCCUCGAGAACCUUGCUUUGGAGAUAAGGAAAACUUUCCUGGAGUGAGGACCUAUGGUGUUAGAGAUGUCAAUGAAACUUAUGACGUGUACUGCUUUGCUGAGAAGAUGUCAGGCAAGGUUGUCUACUCCAUGUCUGUUGACAAAUUUGGCUUCUAUGAAGCACAAGACCAGUGUGUCAAACUGGGAGCGAGGCUGGCCACUACUGGAGAACUAUACCUUGCCUGGAAGAAUGGCAUGGAUGUCUGUAAUGCUGGCUGGCUGGCAGACAGGAGUGUACGAUACCCCAUCAACAUCCCCAGGCCUCAAUGUGGAGGGGGGCUUAUUGGAGUAAGAACUGUCUACUUGUUCCCCAACCAAACCGGAUACCCCCACCCAGACUCUCGUUACGAUGCAGUCUGCUUCCAAGAGGAUGAUGAAGGUGAAGUGCCUGGUAGGGCCACUGACUUCCCAGACAUCCAGUUUGCAUCUAGCGCUGUGCCCCUCCCAACCCCAACGCCUCCACAAGGGGGUGAAGAGGGCAAGACUGGAGAAGUAGAAACUCUCUCCCCAUUGCCACAUCUGUCCAGAGAAGGUGUGACUAUGGGUCCCACAGGUGUGGUGUUCCACUACCGACCCAUCACUGGUCGUUACACUCUGACCUUUCUGGAGGCUGAGCUGGCUUGCCGAGCCAUCGGAGCAGUUAUCGCCAGCCCUCAGCAGCUGUACGCAGCUUUUGAGAAAGGCCUGCACCGAUGUGACGCCGGCUGGCUGCGCGACCAAUCUGUGCGGUAUCCGAUUGUGUCACCCAGAAGCAACUGUGCUGGUGACCUGCUAGACCUCCCAGGAGUGAGGUCGUACGGCCUGAGACCAGCCAGUGAGCGCUACGACGUCUUCUGUUACGUGGACGGCUUAAGAGGUGAGGUCUUCUUCACCACCGACUACGACAGCUUCUCCUACGACGAGGCUGUGCAGCACUGCCAGAAGCUCAACAGCAGCCUGGCCACGCCUGGGGAGCUGCACGCCGCCUGGAGACAAGGACUCGACAAAUGCCGGCCAGGCUGGCUCAUGGACCGCAGCGUCCGCUUCCCCGUCACAACCCCCAAAUCUCACUGUGGGGGCGGAGAGGUCGGGGUGCGCACCAUCUACGCCUUCCCCAACCAGACAGGAUUUCCCGAUGAGCAUUCACGCUACGACGCCUACUGCUUUAGAGGUUAUAAUUGGCUGGCUCAAACUUCUGUUGAUCCCCAAACUCCCAUCACGGUCUCUCAAACGGCAAAGCCUGAAUACGUCAGCAAGGCUACAACCAUCCGACCAGUUGACGUUGCUCCUACUAAGAAAGAUGAAACUGCAGUUGGCUACAAUGUAACUACUGAGAAUACGACCGACGAAGUUAUCAGAGAAACUGUUGUUACUCCUGUACAAGUUGCUCCAACAGGGAAAUCCGAUCUCCCUCCUGUCCCGGUCAAUGAGUCGGGUUCUGGUUCAGGUGACCCGUCAGCCAGCGGGGAGCCCUCCGGGGAACCUUCUACCUCCACCAGCAGCGGAGACGCAUCCGGGUCAGGACAAGGCGUGACCUUCAGCGGAACACCCGAUGUGCUUUCCGGCGAGCGGUCCGCCUCUGGAAGCCCUGAGGAAGGGAAGGAGGGCAGUACGGUUUUCAUCACAUCUGGAGAUAGUGGGAGUGCAUCUGGGUCUGAAUCUGGAUCUGGAUCCAGAUCUGGCAUACUUGGAUCAGGCGGCAGAAUUGGAAGUGGGGACAUCAGUGGCAGUGGUGAUGACACAGUGGUCACUUUGGUGGAUGAAGAGAUGGUGGAUUUGUCAAAAACCCUGAAGAAUGGCACAACGACGCAGGAGUUUGGCCAGGGAGGGAUCGACACCAGCGGGGGAUCAAGUGUUUCUGGAUCAGGAGAUGUGUCUGCUUCCGGCUCGGGCGGGUUUUCUGGCAUUUUGUUUGUCGACAGCAGUGGGGUUGACCUCACACCCCAGCAAUCUGGGGAGCAAGAAGUGUCUGGAUAUCAGCCGUCUGAAUCGGGGUACCCCAGUGGCUUUCCCAGUGGCUUUCCAUCUGGUGUUUCAGGCAGUGGCUCUGCCUCCGGAGACCCAUCUCCAAAGCACGACAAAGUCAUCUACCUGACCAAGGAUGACAUGAUUGAAGUAAUCACAGACUUUACUGAAGAGGGACGGGGUGUGGUGGAGAUAAGCGGGGAAGGCAGUGCGUCAGGACAUCACCCCGAAUUCAGCGGCACUUCAACUCAAACGUCGGGGAGCAGAGCGACUCCUACGACGGCUUACGUAGAGUUUGUACCGACUCUUGACAAAUCCGGAUCCAGGGAUGGACCCGAGGAGAGUGGCACUGGGUCUGCAGUUGAUUCAGUCACACCAGAAGGAGUCUACGCCUGGCCGACAACGGCUCCAUCAGUGUCAGCAGUUACUCCGGCUGUUGUGGAGCGUCCCCAUGUGGAUGGAGCUACGGAGGGCUGUCCUGAGGACUGGAUGGAGUUUGACGGCAGAUGUUACAGACACUUUGACGACAGACUCACUUGGUCUGAGGCAGAGCAGCGCUGUCAGGAGGUCAGCGGCCACCUGGUCAGCAUCGGCUCGCCAAGGGAGCAGCAGUUUGUCAACUCCCAUGGUGACAGCUAUCAGUGGAUUGGACUCAACGACAGAGACGUGCAGAACGAGUUCCGCUGGACAGACGGCAGUCCUCUGUCUUUCGAGAACUGGAGGCCCAACCAGCCGGAUAACUACUUUGGCUCCGGUGAAGACUGCGUGGUGAUGAUCUGGCACGAGGGCGGCGAGUGGAACGACGUGCCCUGCAACUACCACCUUCCCUUCACCUGCAAGCUGGGACCCGUCAUGUGUGGAGCGCCCCCUGAGGUGGAACACGGCAUUGCGAUGGGUAGCAGCAGAGGGCGCUAUCCUGUCGACUCUGUAAUCCGCUAUCAGUGCAACCCGGGCUUCACACAGCGCCACCUGCCUGUCAUACACUGUAUGGCAAACGGAGAGUGGGAAAAGCCACAAGUCCAGUGCAUAGAAGCCGGAGCCAACAGUAACAGGCUACACAAAAGGUCCCUGAGGAGAAGAAGUAAAGGUGUCAGCAGCCAACAGGAGCAGAGGGAACAGCUCUGAGCGGGACUGAAAGGACACACAAAAAGCAGAGAGCCACAAAAGAGCCUUCUUCUAAAGAAGCAUGGACACUAAUACAAAUGCCAGACCAAAAAGAUAGCACGCCCUACCCCUCUAUAUACACUCAACUAAAAGCACAUUUAGAUGACGACUUAAAAAAAAAAACCAAAACACCCCGAUGUCUUUGAACGUCGCCCUGCAACCUCUUAAAGCUCAUUUCUCUAAUUUAUGAUUCAGUGUCCUGGAGCUAAAUCGCUUCAAAACUCUUUUCAAGAGGCUGAAGAGCGUAGAAGGCAUUUUCAGUUCACACUUUUAUGAUAUUUUACCAUAUUUUUCUAGAUCUGCGUCUCUUAGGCUUUGUUUUAGGUGUUAGAUUCCUACCAUUUAGGGCAACGCAGUGGACGUGGACCUUUGGUUGACGAGCGGUUCUGAACCGUCGUUUCACCUGGAGCAAAUUGGAGCCCUUGGUCCCGUCACAGCUGGAAGCUCGAUGUCCGCGGCGCUGCCGGACCAACUCGUUCAGAAAACACGACUCGGACGCAGCCGUCCUGGAUUGAAAUAAUCGGCACGUAAGCACUUUCGAGAGUCCCGCCAUGUCUGUGCUAAUCAUUUGAAUCCAGCGCGCCUCAUACCACGGAGUGUUAGGGCCGCGCUCAGAAGAAAAGAGAAAAAAAUAACAAGAAUAAAGUCGCGGUAUGAAAGUAUUCAGAACAUUAUGAGUUCUGUUAAAAAUUUCGGGUAAUAUUCCAAUUUCAUUCCUAAAAUAUUCAAAUUUUACUCUGGUAUCAUUUUGACUUUAUUCUUGUAAUGCUACUACUCUAUCUUCAUAAUAAGCAUUUUUUUGUGUUUUGUUAGCAUAGCCCUAAUACUCGGUUGUAACCUUAAAACUGUAUUUAAAAAAAACAAAAAUCCUGUCGCUGUUUUUGUUUUUUUUUUUUUUUUUUUUUUUUUUAGAAAUGGCAGGAAAACGAUGCCUUGAAACAGCAUUUUUACAAUUUAACAACAGACUCCAAUGUAUAAUUUGUGAUAACACAAAGUGGUGCAUAACAGCAGAAAAAAAAAGAAGGAUUAUGAUACACGUUUUAAUCAUUACUUUUCAAAAUAAAAGGCUUUCCAUCCGUCUUCCCACCAAGCCUCACUGUCGCUAAUAAACGCAUCCCCACACCAUAAUGCUGCCACCGCCACGUCUUACUGAACAGAUGGCCUGUUCCGACAAAUGCACGCCACACUUUUCAGAUUUGUGGGUUUUAAAAAAAAAAAACAGAAUUCUACUUCUUGUUUUUUUUAUCCACUACUUCAUAAUAGGUUGAAAUAUAUCGAGGUUUGUGAUGACAAAAUGUGAACUAUUCGGUGAAUAUCUGCCGGGUCUUUUGGAAAUAUAAGAACAAAUUUCACACGCUCCUUAUUUAUGGUUCCUCAAGUGCGAACCGGUCGUGAGAACCCCAGCGUUUGCUCCUGGACCAGUUGCUCACUGUAAAUAUCAGUCAUGUUUUGUUUUUUUUCUGAACAGCAGGAUCUGUCCAUAACUUGCACAGUGCAGGCGGUUUUUAACUUUUAUUUUUCUUACUUACAUUAUUUAUCAUUGAUCAUUGGUUGAGUCGUGACAGCCGGCUGCACCAGAGAGGAGGAGCUCAUGUUUUCAUUAAAGCCUCAGACUGUAGCUGGAGAGCGGGUGUUUUACAAUAUCGUCAUAUCUUUAUUUUUAAGGAUGAUUUUUUUUUUUCUGUGAGGCAUUUAAGGUCAACGUUUGCGUCAGCCAUCAAGAGAAUCAAAUAAAAGAGACGGGUCUAUUGGGACGUGACCCGGGUUGGGAGUGUGGUGCAGUUUUAUCGGGGUGCCUCGAGAUACUAGAAAAUUUUUUUACAAAAUGUGUUAUGAGUGUUUUUGCCUGGUGCUGGUCAAGAAACUUUACCUUAACAAACUAACUAAACUUACAUAACUACUGCAGGGAUCUGGCCCGGAUUCUGAAUCCCGGACCAGAUCACCCAAUAAAACAUUGGCCGUA